AUGAGUACAUCCAAUGUGCCCGCAGGACCGUACAAACUUGUCACGGUCAACACUGCCCCAGAGAGAGCAUAUCGCCUAGUGGGAAGGCUGAUCGAGGCGUUGAAAGAUUCCUACACAAUCAUCCACGCAGCCAACUGCGAAACAAUCGAGACUGUGGCCUCAACUGUACAGGAAAUAGAGCCCGACAUCUUGUUCUGCGCGAGCAUGUGGACAUCGGAACAAGCUGUUGAGAUUCAGACUAUUGCAAAGUCAAUCAAGCCUGGUAUCCUCACGUAUGCUAUUCCGCAUGGGCUUCAGGUGCAGAAUGGACCGGACGCAAUCGUUGAACAUCUCACAUCCACUGUACCAGGUCUUUUGAAAGAACAUUUUCAGACGAGUUGA